AUGGGCGGCCUACGCAUUCGCAAGAACAUCCGGGACCUGAAGCCCACGGAAAUGGACAACCUGAUCCGGGCCUUCCACCACAUCAUGAACGUGCUCCCUGUCACCGACAACAACUCGUACUGGAAGCUCGCCGGCUACCACGGCGUGCCAGCACCCUUCUACUGCUACCACGGCGUCGUGCUCUUCCCGACUUGGCACCGUGCGUACCUCCUGCAGCUCGAGAAUGCCCUGCGCAGCGCUCCUGGCUGUGGCAACGACGUAACCAUGCCGUACUGGGACGAGAUCGCCGCCAUCAACCAGACCGAGGGCCUCCCUAAGAUCUUCACCACCAAGGAGUACCGCUACUCUUACGGCAAGGGGUCGAUCCCGAACCCGCUCUUCUCGUACAAGUUUGGCGCGGGCGUCGACGACCGGGGCGACAUGGAGCACGGCGUCAACGACCCGUCCCGGUACAGCAAGCACAAGGGCUACAGCACGGUGCGCUACCCGUACUCGGGCCUCGUGGGGCUCGCCGAAGACCGGGAGCGCACGGUCAAGCACAACUCGGACGUCGACGGCAAGGGCGACACGCACGCGGUCGACGCGCCCAACUACACCGUCUUCUCCAACACCACCUCGGCCGACGCGUACAACGAGACGCACAAGGACAGCCAGGCGGAGCCGACGGCCGUGUCGCUCGAGGCGCCGCACAACGCGAUCCACAUGGCCGUCGGCGGGUGGGAGGUGCCCGGGCGCAGCGAGAAGGAGGGCACGCCCAACGUGUACCCGGACGCCAACGGCGACAUGGGCGAGAACGAGACGGCCGCGUUCGACCCCUUGUUCUGGUUCCACCACGCGUGGACGGACCGCACGUUCUGGGAGUGGCAGAUGCUGCACGGUGCGACCGACAGGCUCGAGUUCGUCAAGGGUGAUCCGGGCACCAAGAACCCCGUCGAGGGCCAGCCGGAUCUCACGGUCGACUCGCCGCUUACGCCGUUCAAGUAUGGUCUCGGAACUAGGAAUGAGAGGGCCAUGACUACGAAGGACGUCGUCAACAUCAAAACCCUCGGGUACGACUACGCAGGCCUCGACCGCCCCCGCGCAGCCCUCCCGCCCAAGGACGAGGGCUUCAAGCUGAGCGUCAUGGGCAUCAACCGUGCCGUGAUCCCAGGCGGCUUCAUGGUGACGCUCUGGAGCCUGGACACGAACGGGCAAGAGCGCCUGCUGCACAUUGAGCUCUUCCUGGGCCGCUGGAAGAAGGAGGCCUGCGACAACUGCAUGAACCACCUCAUGGCCAACACUUUCUUGCAGCUGCCCAAGAUGCCCACCGCGGACGACUUGAGCCGGGCUGGUGGUGGCAGCGGCGGCAGUGGCGAGGGCGGGAUCGUGCUGCCGACGUUUUAUGCCAAGAUGCAUACGCGCGACGCGCCAGGUGGGAAGAAGCUGGAUAUCGGCGUUGGUAUUUCUUGUCUCUCUCGGGAACUGCGUGCAUUUGGAGACAUGGCGGUCCGUGGGUUUGGCCUCUGA